AUCUUGGCCCGUGACGUAGAGGAUUCCGUGGUGCCCACAACCGUAGGCGCUAACGGGAUUCUCGAGUAUAAAUGGGACACCGGGAGCCAAUAUUCGGUACUCUCUCAGUCGCUCCGACUCGGGAACCAAUCGUCCAGAGUACCAGUCAGCGGAGAUAGCAGGCAGUAUUUCACCCUCUCAGGCUAACUCGCUUUCGGCUUUGGUUUGAAAUGGACACCCCUACAACCGCUCGGAGCAGACAAUGCUCAUUCAUGCGCACCUGCAAAAGCGGCCUCUCCCUGUGGCUGGUGGUGUGGUUGGUCCUCGGCAAGCCCGGUCCGUCGGCGGCGUGCCCGCAUCUGUGCGUGUGCUACCCGACUCCCAUGACCGUGAGCUGCCAGGCGCAGAACUUCACCUCCGUGCCCGUUGGCGUGCCCUACGACUCGCAGCGCGUGUUCCUACAGAACAACCGAAUUACGGAGCUCAGAGUCGGCUCUUUCGGCUUCGGGACUCAGGUCUUGUGGCUGUUCUCCAACAACAUCACGUGGAUUGAGGCUGGCUCCUUCAGUGAGCUGAGGGAUCUAGAGGAGCUGGACCUGGGGGACAACUCUCACCUGCGCAGGCUGGAAGGAGGCGCCUUCAGGGGGCUGGAGAAACUCCAGAGUCUCCACAUGCACCGCUGCAAGCUUACCGCCCUGCCCCAUGACCUGUUCCACAAGCUGUACAGCCUGCAGUUCCUCUACCUGCAGGAGAACCAGCUCCACUUCCUCCAGGAUGACCUCUUCUCUGACCUCAUCAACCUGAGCCAGCUCUUCUUGCAUGGAAACCGUAUCCGUACCCUGUCGGAGAACGUGUUCCGUGGCCUGGUCAACUUGGACCGCCUUCUUCUCCACGACAAUCGUGUGCGCCAGGUUAACCGCCGGGCGUUCCGCGACCUCGGACGCCUCACCAUGCUCUUCCUGUUCAACAACUCAUUGGCUGAGCUCCCCGGCCAGGCUCUCCGUGACACCCAGGGCAUCGAGUUCCUCCGUCUCAACGGGAACCCCUGGUCCUGUGGCUGCGAGGCCCUCCCCCUGUGGGAGUGGUUCCGUGGCGCCCGCGUCUCAUCGUCCGAGCUGUUGUGUUCCUCCCCGUCCCCCCGCCGCGGGAUGGACCUCCGCUUCCUCCGUGAGAUGGACUUCGCCCUCUGCCCUCUCCCCGACCCCGGCACCCUGGCCGGCUCCACCACGAGGACCUUCAGCACCAAGACAAGAUGGUGGUUCUCCAAGCACAAGCCCCAGUCCCAGACCAAGGCAGUGUUCGAGAAGAGCUCCGAGACCAUCAAGGCCUUCCCGUUCCCCCAAGGAAAGAACAACCCACCCAUCGUGACCUCCACCAAUGUCAAGUACGAGCUCGGCGAGGAAGAGGCAGCACUACCCAAACUCGACGCUGAGGAGUACUGGGCGAACUAUGGGAACGAGGACGCCGGCACCACGCUGCGAUGCUUCGAGCUCGAGUGUCCGCCUGACUUCGAUGGCCUCCCUCCCAACUCCUCCUCCACCCCCACGUCAUCCCACUCUCUCUCACUCCUCCUCGCCCUCUCGCUACUCGCCGCCUCCAUCAAUCUACACCUCAUAUUUGGCUGAAUCCGACAUUAAGUACCCACUUCCCGUUCCUGUCUUCGCCCUGGGCCCUCUCAGGGCAUGGGGAACCCCUUGUUAAAGACUCUGUACCUCCCUAGUUAACCCUCUGAUGUCCUACUGGAUAACUUCUAUCUCUGUCAGUAGUACAAGACAGCAGGGGAUACAAAGGGGGGGUUAGAUUGUUACUUCUAACUUAAUGCAGGGUUAAACAACAAUGGCUGACAGUACAUAGUACACUAUUGUACAUAGUACAAUAUAGUACAGUACAGUAGUCAACCAAGGCUGUUACUACAACAGGUGCAUCUCACCUGUCUGGUGUGUCGGUUGCCAUGACGACGCCUGCAAUCAGGGGUCAGUGGUCACCUGUAACGCUCUACAGCUAAUACCAGUGCUACUGACUGUUGCAAAUGCUAUAACUGUUGUCACUUGGAGGAAUAUUACAACUACAAGUGCUACGACUAUUAUAUGCAUGUUACUACUACUACUACUAUUACGAAUACGUCUGCUACUACAAGUGCUAUGAUUACAGUUACGACAGUAACUACAUUUCUUCUGUUGUAUUAACUCUGACAACUGUACUGUAAAUAGGUCGGUGUACUUGAUGGUGCAGAGCAGUUGGGAUAUCUUUCUUAUAUGUUGUCUACCAUGAUGCCUACUUUAUAAUGGAUUGUUUACAGAAAAAUAGCUAAGGAGAGAGAGAAAAGAAGGGAUGAUGGAAUGAAAGAGAGGCAGUCACCAGCAUACGAGAAGGUGAGAGAGGAUAUGUAGAGAGAUAGGUAAAGGUAGAGAGACAGAAAGACACAGAGAGAGGAUAUGUAGAGAGAUAGGUAAAGGUAGAGAGACAGAAAGACACAGAGAGGAUAUGUAGAGAGAUAUGUAAAGGUAGAGAGACAGAAAGACACAGAGAGAGGAUAUGUAGGGAGAUAGGUAAAGGUAGAGAGACAGAAAGACACAGAGAGAUGAUAUGUAGAGAGAUAUGUAAAGGUAGAGAGACAGAAAGGCAGAGAGAGUGAUGAGUUAAAAAGUUACCAAAGGAAGAAGCUAGAGGACAGAGAAGGUGGAAGAGAAGAAAGUGCAACAGGAAAGGACAGAGAGCGAGGGAGAGAGGGUUGUCGAGAUUCUCAAUAAUAAAGAGAACGGAAGAGAGGGAGCAAGGACAGGGCAGGCAAUAUAAAUAAAGCAAAGGAAUGUGAGACACGGUGAAAUUAAGAACGAAAGAGAGCGAGAUAGAGAAAGUGACAGUACUGGCCCUUGACCAUGAGAUACUGAAUAGGAUAGACAAGCAAUCACUUCAGGUAUUCAAGUUCAGUCUUUGUAUAACUUCAUGUCCUUGUAAAUAUGACAUCAUCACCAUAGAAGCCACAGGGGAAGGAUGCUUCCUUUCUGGCAGUGUCAGUCGCUGUUCUGAUUGGCUAUCGCCGUUUGUUUGUGAUGUCAUUGACGGAAUGUGUGAUGUGACCAGUGAAUGACCAGUAUGAGAGAUAAAAAGAGCUAUUGAGAUUCUGAAUAACGUUUGUGAGACUUUUCUUUGAGGGCAGCAGCUGUUGCAUUUCAAACUGAUUUUACUUGAUCAAUAAUUGAUCUCUUUAAGUUCUUUGUUCCCUCUCUUGGAAUGCUCACUCACUUCUUUGGAAGGUGAAAGUAGUGCACUACUUUUGACACUGCACUACAUAGGGAACAGGGAGCCAUUUCAGACGGAGCCAAUGACUGCUAGUCAGUCCUUUAGCCAAACAACUUGAUGAUGAGUAAACAAACAAAUUAAAUGUUUUCAACCCAGCCCCCCAAUACUGUCUACCAUACCCACCCCAAUAUCUCCAGUUUAAUACCCAGCCCCCCAAUACUGUCUACCAUUCCCACCCCAAUAUCUCCAGUCUAAUACCCAGCCCCCCAAUACUGUCUACCAUACCCACCCCAAUAUCUCCAGUUUAAUACCCAGCCCCCCAAUACUGUCUACCAUACCCACCCCAAUAUCUCCAGUCUAAUACCCAGCCCCCCAAUACUGUCUACCAUACCCACCCCAAUAUCUCCAGUUUAAUACCCAGCCCCCCAAUACUGUCUACCAUACCCACCCCAAUAUCUCCAGUUUAAUACCCAGCCCCCCAAUACCGUCUACCAUACCCACCCCAAUAUCUCCAGUCUAAUACCCAGCCCCCCAAUACUGUCUACCAUACCCACCCCAAUAUCUCCAGUUUAAUACCCAGCCCCCCAAUACUGUCUACCAUACCCACCCCAAUAUCUCCAGUCUAAUACCCAGCCCCCACAUCAACUAAGCAUAAUCAACUUAGACCAACUCAGAAGAAUCAACUUAGACCAACUCAGAAGAAUCAACUUAGUCCAACUCAGAAUAAUCAACUUAGUUCAACUCAGAAGAAUCAACUUAGUUCAACUCAGAAGAAUCAACUUAGUUCAACUCAGAAGAAUCAACCAGUAACUGAUCUGCAUAGAACCCAAGGAGAGAUCUAGAAGUGGAACUGAAAGAGACAUAGACUGGCACACAUGAUGACUGGACUGGACUCCAAACCAAUAAGACCGACUAGUGACUGACCAGCCAUAUUAUUCUAUAAGCUGAGUUUAUAGAUCCUGGCAUAGAAUGAAUGGAUGGAAAAGCCUGGCAGUUUUCCAGCAGAAAGAGACAAGGAGAGUUACAUUGUGGCUUUACUGAGAUUGAUCGACAGACGGACAGAACAACAGAGGGACCAAAUUGUUACUCACAGACUUUGCUGACUCACAGAGAGACAUAAUUCCUUGACUUGCUGACAGAGACAGACAAACUGACUGACCUACCAGUGAUCGAUGGAAGACAGUUAAAAAGAGAGACUGGAAUCUGAUUGGCGGACAGCUGAAGCAACGUCAGAGAAAGGAGGAGGACCUCUAGGAGGUGACCAAAAACAGACUUCCUCUCCUCUUCCUUUCUUCCUACUCGUUUUGUCUGAGUUUCUACAAGGCUUUGUAGGAGGGUGGGUAGGCGUGCUGACGAAUCAUCUAUCCCUCCCUCCUUCCUCCCCUCUCUCUCUCUCUGUGUCUCUCUCUUCCUUUCUUUAUCCUACCGGUCACCUGUUUCUGUAAAGCACUCCCCCCCCCCCUCUCCAUCCCUCUGAAGAGAGAGAGGGAAAUUAAAGGAGGGAGCAGAAGGAAGAAGGAGAGAGAGAGAAAGAGGGGAGGAAGGAGGGAGGAGGGAGGGAGGAGAGAGAGCACUCCUUUUACAGAGAUGUUUUCAGUAGAGGUGAAGAGGGCAAGGACAGGCUGAGAUAGGGUAUGAGUAGGAGGAGAAGAGAGAGAGACACACACACACACACACACACACACACACACACACACACACACACACACACACACACACACACACACACACACACACACACACACACACACACACACACACACACACACACACACACACACACACACCUUAAGUUAUGAGUUUCUAGACGAAGUGGUGAGAAACAGACAGACAGAGAGCAAAACGCAGACAGAGAGAGAGACGGACGGACGGAUGGACAGACAGACAGACAGAGAGAGUCUUGCAGCUCCAUGUAAUGUCCUUCAUCCAAUCUAUUUCUGUUACAAUAGUUACAUAGAUUGUGCUUUAUGAAAUCAGCGCUCUUUUAAAGAAAAGCAUUACCUAUCUAUGUUAUUCAGUUGGAGAUUUUGGGUUGCAUCCCAAAUGGCACCCUGUCCCCUAUGCAUGGGCCUCGGUCAAAUGUAGACCACUAAAUAGGGAGUAGGGUGCGCUUUGGGACACAGACUUUCAAUACAUGUGAGUCAACCAUAGAAAUAGGAUUCUAUGGACUCAACAAUACACUGUUCACUAAUAAGAGAGUCCAGGGAUUGGUAUGUGUUCUGUUCUGCUGUGGUAACAAUGUGUCCGUCCAUAUAUGUCAGCCAUUAGGGUGAGGUCAAACUGGGCCUCGGUGCUCUUCUGUGGCCUUGACAGUCUGGUCACUUUCAGACGACCAAAGCCCCAGUCAUACCAUUUUACCCAAUGAUUGGACUGUAAAUGAAACCUGUCUGCUUGACCGAGUGAGAGAGUGUGAGAGAGACUGUAUGUGUGAGAAAACAAUAUUUUGGUAUCUACUUGACUGUGUGAGGAGAUUGAGUUGUCUUCUGCUGUCAUCUUUCUCACCGUGGAAGAAAAGAGGCAACAUUAUAUAAAGAAUAAAUACUGAACUUUGUUUUGAAAAAAUGA